AUGACGCUCAUCCUCAAGUACAAUGAACGACACAAAUACUUUGGUCAUGUUACAUACCAUAAUACCGAUUCUGAUACUGUCUCCAGCCCAUUUCCCUCCCAACUCUCCCCUCCCCACCUUUAUAUCUCACCCCCACCUCCCUCCUUCUCAUCCCCACCUCACCUCUCCCACAAUGUCGUCCUCCCUCUCCCUCCUCCUCCUCCUCCUCCUCCUCCCCCUUUCUUCCUCCUCCUCUCUUCCAUUGCCGCCGCACCCUCUUCCGUUCAGACCCUCCACACCAAACCCACCACCCUCUUCAACCCCAAGCUCCCCCCACGCAGCCUCUCCUCCUCCAAGAAGUUCGAAGGCUCCUCAGAUCUAGUCCACCUCCGCUACCACAUGGGCCCCGUCCUCUCCUCCCACCCCAUCAACAUCUACCUCAUCUGGUACGGCCGUUGGUCCCUCCCCCAGAAGCUCCUCAUCAAGGACUUCCUCCUCUCCAUCUCCACCUCCGACCUCCGCGCUGCCCCCUCCCCCUCCGUCGCCGAGUGGUGGCGCACUGUCUCCCUCUACACCGACCAGACCGGCGCCAAUGUCUCACGCUCCGUUGUCGUCGCCGGGGAACACGCUGACGUUAAAUACUCCCAAGGCAAGGCCCUCACGCGCCUCUCCGUGCAACAGGUGAUAGGUAACGCCGUCAGAUUUGCGCCGUUUCCGGCCGACCACAAGCACGGGAUCUACCUCGUCCUCACCUCCGACGACGUCACCAUGCAGGACUUCUGCCGCGCCGUCUGCGGCUUCCAUUAUUUCACAUUCCCUUCCAUGGUGGGUUAUACUCUCCCCUACGCUUGGAUCGGCAACUCCGCCAAGCAGUGCCCGGAGGUCUGCGCCUACCCGUUUGCGCUUCCGGCCUACAUGGGCGGAGGAGGCCCCGGAGCUCUGUCGCCGCCGAAUAAAGAUAUUGGCGUCGACGGGAUGAUCAGUGUCAUCGGGCACGAGCUGGCCGAGCUUUCGUCGAAUCCUCUUGUGAAUGCUUGGUACGCCGGGGAGGACCCGACGGCGCCGACGGAGAUCGGGGACUUGUGCGAGGGGCUGUACGGGACGGGAGGCGGAGGAGGGUACAUUGGGCAGGUGAUGAAGGAUAGAGAAGGGAGGACGUUCAAUGUGAAUGGGAGGAAAGGGAGGAAGUUCUUGCUGCAGUGGAUUUGGAGCCCUGAGCUCAAGGCCUGUGCUGGGCCUAAUGCUUUGGAUUAGAUUCAAAUCAUUCUAUUUUUUGGUUUCUAGAUUUAUAGAUACAUAGUUGGAGAUUAAGGGAAUAUGGGUUUUGGGUGGUGGCGCUGGUGGUGGAGGAGAAGGAUAAAGUAAGCUCUGCUUGAGCUUGUUGUAAUUUUGUUUUUGGCAGGGAUAGUGUAAUAUUAGAUAUGAAAUUUUACAGUACAUGAU